CACUCCCUCUGGUGGUGAUUAGGAGAAAGGUGAUUCUCCUUCAGACCUCCGAAGAAAAUGGCGGAAGGCGAACUGAAUGUUGACAGCAUCAUCUCUCGACUCUUGGAAGUGCGAGGAUGUCGCCCCGGGAAGAUCGUUCAGAUGACGGAGGCCGAGGUGCGGGGCCUGUGCAUCAAGUCCCGGGAGAUCUUCCUCAGCCAGCCCAUCCUGCUGGAGCUGGAGGCCCCGCUCAAGAUCUGCGGUGACAUACACGGGCAGUACACAGACCUGCUGCGGCUCUUCGAGUACGGUGGCUUUCCCCCAGAAGCCAACUACCUGUUCCUGGGGGACUACGUGGACCGAGGCAAGCAGUCCCUGGAGACCAUCUGCCUGCUGCUGGCCUAUAAGAUCAAGUACCCCGAGAACUUCUUCCUGCUGCGCGGGAACCACGAGUGCGCCUCCAUCAACCGCAUCUAUGGCUUCUACGACGAGUGCAAGCGCAGGUUCAACAUCAAGCUGUGGAAGACCUUCACCGACUGUUUCAACUGCCUGCCCAUCGCCGCCAUCAUAGACGAAAAGAUCUUCUGCUGCCAUGGAGGUCUGUCUCCUGACCUGCAGUCUAUGGAGCAGAUCCGCCGCAUCAUGCGACCAACUGAUGUUCCUGAUACAGGCUUGCUGUGUGACCUUCUGUGGUCAGACCCAGAUAAAGAUGUCCAGGGCUGGGGGGAGAACGAUCGGGGCGUGUCCUUCACUUUCGGGGCCGAUGUGGUCAGCAAGUUUCUCAACCGCCACGACCUGGACCUCAUCUGCAGAGCACAUCAGGUGGUGGAGGAUGGGUACGAGUUCUUUGCCAAGCGACAGCUGGUGACGCUGUUCUCGGCUCCGAACUACUGCGGGGAGUUCGACAACGCGGGUGGCAUGAUGAGCGUGGAUGAGUCCUUAAUGUGCUCCUUCCAGAUCUUGAAACCAUCGGAGAAGAAAGCCAAGUACCAGUACGGAGGGGUGAACUCGGGACGUCCGGUCACCCCGCCCCGCACUGCCCAAGCCCCCAAAAAGAGGUGAGCGGCUGGUGCGACCUGCCGGCCCCUCCCCUGAACCCCACGACCCCCCCUCUCCCAAUUGUACCCCUCUAACUACCCUUCUCAUCCGCCUGUAGGGGGCAGUCCGGCACCCCCACUUCCACACUGACAACUUUCUUAUACACGUGUACAUAUAAAAAUUUUGCCGUGACCAAUAUCUUUUCUUUUUUCUUUUUUUCUUUUUUUUUUGCUUGUUGGUAUUUUCGAUAUUAAUAUUAUUUAGUCGGUCGGUUUCCAGGGCCGUGUGUCGCUCAGUUUCUGGUAUUUUGAGGUGCAGCAAUAUGACUCGGAGGACUGUGAGGGCAACACGUGAUUUGCCUGGUUGUGUUUUUCCGAUCUGUUGGACUCCGUUAAAGCAUUUACAGUGAAUGACAGUUCCGGCCAGAUUUUUGACUGAGAGAAUGUAAUUUCACUCAUCUGGACUUGCAAAUUUCCACAUGGAGAAACCCUAAUGAAGUUAUUUGUAGAACCAUGAAAAGUAUGAUGGCACCCGUACAUGUAUAUUUAUAUACGACUACAUGCACAGUUUGGUACCCAGUGCAAUAGGUAGAGCAGAUAAGUGUGUUCACACUCAAAGGGCUCUAUAUAACAGUAAGAUUGUUAGUAUUUGUGGAGCUUCGCCACCCGUAGCGUAAGGUAUGGCACUGAUAUGACGCUAAAGAGGUCUUUCGAAUGUCCCCAUCUAAGCCAGCUUCGACGAUAAAGGUCAUAUCCGUCAAAUGAAACCAUUUGGAAGUUAAUGACAGUUACUCUGGAAUGGUGCAGUCUUCACUGAAGGAACAUGUUGCUUUUGUGGGUGUCUGUGUGAAUGUAUGCGGAUGCUGGGUGUGGUCAGAAGUAUUAAGAGUCAAAAGUGAACGAUUGGCUGAGAUUUCCCCACUCUGACGGGCGUGAUCAUCCGGACCAAUGCUUCCACGUACAUCCACAACAAAGCGAGUAGAGGUCAAGGUUAGUUGUGUGUAUUUAUAUAUAUAUAUAUAUAUCCGAGAAAUGAGUGAUGUCUAGCUCUGCGUGCUUUAAGUUGUUUGUGGCACCACCUGGUGGUAUUACUGCAUAGGUGAAUGUGCAAGUUGCCACGGUUGUCCUCACAGCCUAACCUGGCUUGAAGGUUUAACGAUUAAUGACACUGCUGUUGGACCAGACCGAAUUUGCCAGUCGGAAUGGACUGCCUGUGCUAUGGGCUUCAGAAUAGUGUACGCAUUCACACAUAACAAGAAUAUGUGCAAGUAAGAAUUCAGUUUCUCUUUUCUUUUUUAAAAAAAUGUUUUUGGUUUGAGUUUUGUCGUUUGCUUGUUUAAUUUCUUUUAUUUCCUAAUGUGAGGAAAACUAAAAGUAUUAAAAUAAAAAAAAACAGCAGUUUUGAAAUUUGUACAAGUUUGUUUCAGACUCUUUGAAGUGAAUAAAUGGAACAGAGUGUCGUAAAGCCA